AUGGGACACGCACAAACAUACUUUGUGGGAGGUGUCUCCGCCCUCGGCGGUCUCCUCUUCGGUUAUGACACCGGUGUAAUGUCUUCCAUUUUGGAGAUGAAGCAGUGGAAGAACUAUUUCCAUCAUCCCGGUUCGACUGGUGUCGGUGUCAUUACCUCGAUGCUUACCUGCUGGCUGCUUUGUCGGCUCGCUUUCUCGCGUAAGCGCUCCAUCAUGGGUGCUUGCAUUAUCUUCAUCAUCGGCGUUAUCAUCCAAACUGCUUCCAUUAACCGCGGCAUGCUGAUUACUGGUCGUUUCAUUGCUGGUCUCGGUGUUGGUACUCUGUCCAUGGUCGUCCCUGUCUAUCAGUCCGAAGUCGCUCCUCCCACUAUUCGUGGUCGUCUCGUUUCGUUCCAGCAGUGGGCUAUUACCUGGGGAAUUCUGAUCGCUUUCUGGAUUGAUUACGGCUGCCACUUCAUCAAGAGCAACGCCUCGUGGCGUGUACCUAUUGCCAUCCAGAUGGUGCCUGCUGUCAUUCUAUUCAUUGGUAUGAUCUUCAUUCCUUACUCACCCCGCUGGCUUGUGGAUAACGACCGCUUCGAUGAGGCUCGCAAGUGCCUUGCUCGCCUGCGUGCUGGUGGUGACGAGAAUGAUCCUGCUGUCAUCGAGGACUACACCGAGCUGGCCAAGUACCCUAUUCGCCGCCGUGUCGUCCUUGGUGUUGUCAUCCAGGCUCUCCAGCAGCUCACCGGUAUCAACGUCAUCAUGUACUUUGCACCUUCGAUCUUCAAGCAGUCCGGUCUCAGCUCCGACAACGCCUCACUUCUUGCCCAAGGUAUCAACGGUGUCAUCAAUAUGCUGGCCACCAUUCCCUGCCAUUCUGCUGUCGCCACCGGCGCCACUCAGAACAAGGAGAAGCUAUCCGAUGGGAGCGUCGACCUACAUCUGCCUAAGGGUGUCUCGUACCUGGUCAUUGUCAUGGUGUACCUGUUUGUUAUCUCGUUCGCUGCCUCGUGGGGCCCUGUUCGGCUGGAUCUAUCCGGCUGA